AUGCUGCUCAAGCAGCGUGUGUGGGCCGGCCGCAUCCCCGUCGUGUUCUCUCUCGACCCCAAUGAGGUCACAACCCUACAUGCACCGCGUCCAUUCUACGCCAUGGUGCCCCGAAUGAGCUACUUGGUGUCCCAAACCCGCGACGUGGUCGACUAUUUCCGGGACGCAGCUCCGCCCAUGUCUGCUAUACAAGGCGCCUCUAUCUGGUUCGAGGCUAAGGGCGCUCCGCUACACUGGCAUCUACCUUUCGGCCUACUCAGGGACCUAUUGUGUGGCCCAGGCGUUGACGGCGACGCCGACCUGCCCUGGGCAAUCACAGUGCAUUUUUUAAACUUCCCCAAGGACGUUCUAUUACCUUGCGAUAACGAACAGAGCGUCGAAUCGCACUUUAUGCACAGUCUAAAGCAAGCAACAUUCCUGCGAAUGGGAUCCACGAAGGUCGUAAUGGCGUUGCCUGAAGCGCAACAGACCCAAAUUUGGACCAGUAUAUCACAGAAUGACUAUGAGAGCUAUCGGCAAGCUACAUAUGAAUUGCAUUUGGACGGAGGUGUGGAUGCCUCGGCGUUGCGACAUCUUCCACUGCGAGUGCAUCUUGACAACGCACCCGCGAUUCAAAUGCCAAUUUCUCCAUUGCAAAACGGCCGUGAAAAAACGUUGCUGGAAGUGCUGAAUUAUUUGUUGCCGGACUUGUUUCCGUCUGCCACAUUUGACGCCUCGCCACGACCAGAAACAGGAGAAUUUCAGCUUUUAGUGCACGGAAUCCCCGUCCCUGCCGACGUAUCUAUCGUUGAGCUGUACAGGAACUUCGCGUACGCCGACGGCUUCCUCUACGUGGCCCUGUCGUCAAAGUCCUGA